GCUCUCUCUCCUCUCCCCUUCCUCCUGCCCUUCACGCGCCACCGAGAUGUCACUUCUCGACCUCUCGCACGAGCUGCUCGUCCACAUCCUCUCUUACCUCGAAUAUGAGCACCUCCAGGUCUCCCGCCGCCUCAACCACGCCAUGGACCGCCUCAUCCAGUCCAGCAUCCUCCUCCAGUACUCCAUGCAGCUUCAGCUAUACGGCUACGAGGACAACCCCAGCUGCCAUCUUGUCAUCUCGGACAAACUACGCCUCCUCCGCCAGCAGGAAAGCGCCUGGUCGCGUCUAGAUUUCGAAAAGGAGACCACCAUUCGCAUCCCGUUCAAUCCCUCAAGCAUAUACGACCUCACCGACGGUGUCCUCCUCCUCGGCGAGUCUGUCUCGGGGAUUCAGACCGGCGCAGAUACCGUACGUUGGACGCGACUUUCUCAACUCGUGUCUAGCGAGGACGCCCCUGCCGUCCACUUCUGGGAGAAGAUCGACGUAGGGGCGCACAUCAUCGACGUCGGGCUGUCCGUCGAGGAGCACGACCUCAUCGUCGUUGCCACAGAUCGCGAAACGGAAGAUAAUCACACCAAGUUCGAGCUGCGCCUCAUCCAAUUAUCGACCGGGCUCAAUCACCCCCUAGCUGCCAAACCGCUGAUUCCGCUCGCGGUCAUCGAGGCGACCCCCCAGUCUAUCGCAGGGAAUUGCAGCGUGUGUAUAGAGAUCGUGGGCGACCUCCUUGGCUUCUUGUUCCACUAUCCCGCAGGAUAUACGCGUCCGCCCGCGAUGUUCGAAGUGUACAACUGGAAGACCGGGCAGUGUCUCGAGCUCCGCGGCCUUGACUGUCCAUGCUAUUCAACCUUCACUUUCCUCUCGCCCGACGUGAUCGCGCUCCCGAACUGCGCGGAGAACACGAUCGAGCUCUGCCGCAUAGAAUCUACCACCAUCGACGGCGGGCCGCAACAAUUGCAGACGGCGUGCGUGCUGCAGUUACCCACUCUGAGCAGCGGGCACACGAUCGCGCAAGUGACCUGCCGCUCGGAGCCGAAGAUGACGAACACGACGCGGAACGCGCCCGCAUUCCGGUCAUCCGAGCCGUUCCACCUGAAGCCCGCGGACGCGGUGGUCAUCUUCAACAUCAUGACGCACGACAGCCAGGGCUUCCACGAGUGUCUCACGCUCAUCGUCCACACCGCCGCGCUUCUUCGCAUACUCGCCACACAGGUCGCGCAGAAUAUCCCUGACAUCGUUCCCGAAGUUCUACCAUCCCCGUUCGCCCCGCCGCCAGCCCCAGAAGAAGACACGGACGAAGCGAGCGGCCUCCCCUGGCCAGCGCUUAUAGAUGGCACCUCGCCAGAGCCAGACCCUGAACCCGCGUCGACGUGCCCGCGGAUCGCGUGGGCGCAGUGGGGUCCAAAUGUGUGCCGCUGGCUCGAAGCGUCGUUCGGCGCGAGCCGCUGGAUCACGACGACGUGCGGGCAGCGGUACGUGACGGUCGAGGAGGACCCGAUCGACGACGACCUGAUGCGGAGCACGAUCGUCGUGUACGACUUCAACCCGCACAAUGUGCGCCGGCUCGCCGCACAGCAUCGUAAACGGCGGCGCUGUUUGCGUGGGUACCCGCGCCCGUCUGAGCAGCCUGUCAUGCGUGCGCCGUUGCCCGCGCCGUUGCAUUUUCCACUGCCGGAGGUUGUCGUGCAGGAUGAGGGCACGGUUGGGCCACACUUGGGACUAGGACUAGCGGUGAUGGGAGGCGCUGGGGUGGCAGCGGGAGGCCCAGCGGGGGAGACGGACGGGCCACUCGUGGGGGUGAGCGCGGCGCGACUCGAGCACGCGUCGCUGAUCCCGUUCACGGACCCCGCGACCCGGGUCAUCGGGCAGAUCCAGUGCGAGCCGACAGAGCUCAUGGCGGGGUACGCGCUGCAGUACCGCAUCUUCGACGAGCCCGUGCGCACGGCGCUGCCGUUUGCGCAGCUGAGCUCGUUCAAGACGUAUGCGUAUGGCGCGGUGUUGCUGGACCGGAGCAUGGUCAUCGGCGUUAAGUUGAACGACGCGGAUGACAUCAAGGAGCUCGUUAUUCAUCCUAUACGAAGAGGGAAGUAGGGGUUGGGAGGUAGACGGGGAGUUGUGUGAUGCUCACUGUUUCAUGUACUCACGGACUCGGAAGCUUAAAGCUGUACUAAUGCCUUGGCCGAUUCAAUAUUCGAGCUGUUGCGAC